AUGAUGGAAUUGCCCUGUGUUGAGUAUGGAAGCGUUGGGUUAGAGACCACGUCUAGAGAAUGUGCGAUUUGCUUGGAGGAUUACAAUGGGGGAGAGCCAUGCAGAAUAAUGCCCGUGUGCAAACACAUGUUUCAUGUAGCUUGUAUUGACAAUUGGCUUAACGUGAAAAUUACGUGUCCUGUUUGUCGACAACGCAUAUGCAAUUUGAGGAAUGAUAGAUGA